AUGUCUCACGGUGACAAAAUGAAGCAGGGUCAGUUCACCAACCCCGAGACGCCGGGCUACGUGGGAUUCGCCAACCUCCCCAAUCAGGUUCAUCGCAAGUCUGUUAAAAAAGGCUUCGAGUUCACCCUGAUGGUCGUCGGUGAAUCCGGACUGGGAAAAUCCACCCUGAUCAAUAGCCUGUUCCUAACUGACCUUUACCCGGAGAGAAUCAUCCCAGGAGCGGCAGAGAAGAUCGAAAGGACUGUUCAGAUCGAGGCGUCCACCGUGGAAAUCGAGGAGCGGGGCGUCAAGCUGCGUCUCACCGUGGUCGACACGCCUGGAUACGGCGACGCCAUCAACAGCCAGGACUGUUUCAGCACCAUCAUCAGCUACAUCGACGACCAGUUCGAGCGCUACCUCCACGACGAGAGCGGUCUGAACCGCCGGCACAUCGUGGACAACAGAGUUCACUGCUGUUUCUAUUUCAUCUCGCCGCUCGGUCACGGCUUGAAACCGUUGGACGUCCAGUUCAUGAAGGCCAUCCACAAUAAGGUCAACGUGGUCCCCGUCAUCGCCAAGGCGGACACGCUGACGCUCCGAGAGAGAGAGCGGCUAAAGCGCAGGAUCCUGGACGAAAUCGACGAGCACGGCAUCAAGAUUUACCACCUGCCGGACGCCGAGUCCGACGAGGACGAAGACUUCAAGGAGCAGACCAGGAUCCUCAAGGCCAGCAUCCCUUUUGCGGUGGUGGGCUCCAACCAGCAGAUCGAAGCCAAGGGGAAGAAGGUGCGGGGCCGCCUGUACCCUUGGGGGGUGGUGGAGGUGGAGAACCCCGAGCACAACGACUUCCUCAAGCUGCGCACCAUGCUCAUAACGCACAUGCAGGAUCUCCAGGAGGUGACCCAGGACCUCCACUACGAGAACUUCCGCUCGGAUCGCCUGAAACGCAGCGGCAGGUUGUCCUCCCGCGGUUACGUUCUGCCUCUCUCCCCUGCAAAAGGACCGGAACCAGAAGAAAUGGACAAGGACAUGAUUCUACAGGAGAAGGAGGCCGAGUUGAGGCGAAUGCAGGAGAUGAUUGCCAAAAUGCAAGCCCAGAUGCAGAAGCAGGGCGACGGAGAAGGAGACGUCUGA